GCAAAUCUGGGCACUGUUAGAAAUUUGAGAUUAAGUACACUCCCAUGAUGCUUAGGCAUCCAGACAUCUUUGGAUCAGUAGUUCACUAACAUCUGCAGGGACCAUUGUGGCUCUUUUACUGUAAUAGGCGGUCUGUGGUUACUAAAGGCACUCUGUGGGUGUCCAAAUUGCUCAGCAGAAUAAAGACGUUUAAGUCACUCCCAUACAGUCCUAAAACUCCGCAGACAACAAACUUAACGUCACUAGAUGAAGGACAGCAGGUGAUGUAUGGAGAUUCCAGUUUAUCACAGUCUUUUGUCAUUUCUAGCAGAACCUUACAGCUAUCACUACUAUACAAGUGGGAUGAGGUUUAGAGGUGAGUGUCUGACUUUUAACGUUUCUUAAAACGUAAAUUUGAGUAUAUAGCCUCCCAGAGCAAUGUUUUAUGCCUUUAUUUGUAAAUACUCUCUGUUGAAUUUUUAAGAUCAAUGUGCUAAAGUGACAUUUUCACAUCUGAAACGAAAUCUAGAAUUUUCAGUAUUAGUAAUUAAUUUCUAUAAUGUAAGCAGUUUCACUAUUACAGUGACUGAUGUGUGGAUUAUGACAUACAUGGGACAUUUUACAUUUAAAUGUCAAUUUCAAAAGGUCUGUAUUUUUCUUCUUUGAUAUAAUCUUGUUGAUGUUAUUAAUCAAACCUCAUUUUGAAAGGGAAUGCUUUCUAAACAUGGGUUAAGACUGAAAUUCUAUGUUCAACUACAUUAAUUAAAUUACAGUGAACACUACAAAAAAAGUUCACACUUUCAUUAUUCUUUUCAUUCUUAAUCAUUAUUGGAUUUGUGUAAAUGUAGGAUUUCUAGGAAACUUCUCUAUAAAGUUCUGUAUGUCUGUGUUCCAUGGACUAGUAACAACAAUAAUUAUAAUUUUAAUACUGUUUAUAAUGCAUAAAUGUGACAUGCUGAGGAGGAUUAAGCCAAGGUGGUUUUCUGGGACAAAACACUCACAAGCUCCCUUCUGAAUUAUUAACCCCUUCUUUUCCCAGUAAUGUGGUUAAAAAAGAGUCCUAGAAUCCUAUUUUUGUUGUUUUCUGAGCAUGUUAAUGUGUAUAAACCGCACAUUUUGUAAUGACAAAACUAUCUUUGUUGAUCCCUGUUUAUCAGACAAUAAAAAAUGCUACAGAAUAAAGGGAAAAAUGACCCAACUAUAGUAAUAAUUAUAUUAUUUGCUAGUUAUUAAACUUGUGUAAAUCGUGAAUACACGUUUUUAGGUUAUGAACAUAUGCCUCUGUCCUUGUAUACAUGUUAUACAUAUAUGAAGAGGUAUAUGUAUAUUUGCACAUCAAAAUUCACUGUAUUAUUCUUAACUAUCCAUGUUUGGCCCCUGGAAGCCCUUUCUGGACUGGCUGUUAGACCUAAUAGUGUGAAUCUUUCCUUUAUCAAAUCAAGUAUGACUUUUGCCCAAUUAAUCAUAAGUCCAGCAGAGAUAACCAGAGGCGUUUAAGUAAGAACUUAUUCUAAGUACCCUUUUCACUCUUUGUUUAGAAACUUAUCACAUCUUAAAUAGCAGGAUGAUUAAAGGCUAAUAAUAAUAAUAAUAAUCGUAUUGGAUCUUACAGGGGAUUGCCCACUGGAUGUAAUAGUUUCUGAUGUAGGAUUGGGUAUCUAGUUAUGGCACUUCAUUUGAUGUUGAACUGCAUCCGUUAUAACUAUGCUAUUGGCAGUUAAUAAAUGGUUACAAUAUAUAUGUAAAAAUAAUAUAUUAUAAGUAAAAUGUAAAUAAUGACUGUAGAACAAUGCAUAAUUUUUUAUUUUAUUUAUUUUUGUACGAUGAGUGUUUUUAAAAUAUAAAAAUCUGUCCCAUGAUCCCAUGCUCUGGCCUCUCACGCUCUCCAAGGAGAAUUCAGAAAGCUAGUAGAGAACACAGCUUUCCAGUUUUAUUGCUGGGGUAGGGGGGUGUUGGUCAGACACAGUUGGGAUACUAUUGACUUUCUACAAAUGAGGGGCUGGCAGGUUCAAUUCACUUGCAUGGGUGGUUUUCACACAUUAUUAACAAAUGAAUGCAAAGCCAGUCACAGAUGUAUUUCACAUGCGGAAAUGGUUCCUUUUUUAUUUCUAUGGGGAAUUAGUGAAUGCUUGUGUGUGUAAUGUCAUACAUAGGUGAUGAUUAGUAAUUCACCUUCAGAAAACUAGGGGAUGAAGACUCAGGACUGACUGAAAUAUCUCAGUCACUUCCAGGUUACAGGCGUGUGUUUGUGUGUGUGUGUUUGUGUGUUUGUGUAGGGGGGUAGGACAGUCAGAGCCUUGAAAACUGACUUAUUACAUUGCACAGAAUGUUCUAGCUUAUUUAUUUUCCAUCUGUUUUAUUUUAAUUGUUCGUUAAUAUCUCUUUAGUUUGGAAAAAUGGAGACUCAGUGGGGAUAUGAUAACAUUAGACAAAUAUAUUCAGGGCCAGCACAAACUAUUAUCUGGAAAUCUAUUCAUAAACAGGGCUAUACAUAGGACACGAGGUCACGCAUUUAGGCUGGAAGAAAGGAGAUUUCAUCUAAGGCAAAGAAAAGGUUUUUUUUACAGUAAGAGCAAUAAGGAUCUGGAAUUCUCUGCCUGAAGAAGUGGUUUUAUCAGAGUCCAUACAGAUGUUUAAACAGCAAUUGGAUAAAUACCAGGAGCUGACCUGUGAUUAUGGCUAGAAUAUGGUGAUUAUUGAAAGUGCAGUAUAACAACAUCUAUGAGUAUAAAAUAUAAAUAAUAAUGUACAUCGAAAUCAGCUCCUGGUAUUUGCACACUACUCCAGAGUGUUCUCUCUGCCACUUUUACUUAUAGGUUUUAGUGAAUCCCUAUCCACUUCUAGUUUGAGCGGCCUAGUGUUAGUCAGACUCCCUCUCUUCUGUGUAUUACACUAGGUAAACCAGAACUAUUUAUUCCUAGCAAUUGGAUAAAUACUUGCAAAAACAUAACAUACAGGGAUAUAAUUUCUAAUUAGUGGGGUAAUAGCUACUUGAUCCAAGGAGACAUCUGACUGCGAUUUUGGGGUCAAGAAGGAAUUUUUUCCUAGUUUGUUGCAAAAUUGGAAGCGCUUCAGACUGGGAUUUUUGCCUUCUUUUGGAUCAACAGCAAAAACAUAUGUGAGGAAGGCUAAAUUUGAUGGAAGCAAGUCUCUUUUCAGCUAUGUAACUGUGUAACUAUGUAAUUGUGUUAAGUUGCCAGUUGACUCUUUUUUAAUGUAAUUUAUUUGUUCUUAGAACAUUGGUUCUCCCAGGAGCCUGUGUCGAUUCAUCCUGGCUGAAAGUGUUAACAGCAAUUUAGCAAAGCCAAAUCCCACUUAGCCACAGAAAUAUUUUGAAUGUAUCGAUAGCUAGGGAAUGUGAAACUAGCGCAUAUGACUUUCCCAAUCACUACAAUACAGUGCAGGUAGUCUUCCCAAUGACCCAAAGACUGGGGCAAAGUGCCCGUAGACGAGGUAACCAGAUCCACCAUGUUUACAGGGACACGUAUAAUUUUGUCAUAUUUAUGAAAACGCAUGAAAAUAAUUGCCCUGCAUAUUCUGCAGGAUUCUCAGUUGCCUAAUAGCUUAAUCUUAUACACCUUCUUCUGAAUUCUACAUAAUACAGGGCAACCCUUUUCAUGUGCUGCCAAUCAAUAUGUAUAUGUUAUAUGUGUCCCAGAAAACAUGGUGGAUCUAAUCACCCAGCCUCUGGGUCCAUGCUUAUAUGUGAUUAUGUUACAUUGUGGCAACUGACAUUUAAUGUGGAUAAGUGCAAGAUAAUGCAUCUUGGACGUAAAAACCCAAGGGCAGAGUACAGAAUAUUUGAUAGAGUCCUAACCUCAACAUAUGAGGAAAGGGAUUUAGGGGUGAUUAUUUCUGAUGACUUAAAGGUAGGCAGACAAUGUAAUAGAGCAGCAGGAAAUGCUAGCAGAAUGCUUGGUUGUAUAGGGAGAGGUAUUAGCAGUAGAAAGAGGGAAGUGCUCAUGCCAUUGUACAGAACACUGGUGAGACCUCACUUGGAGUAUUGUACACAGUACUGGAGACCGUAUCUUCAGAAGGAUAUUGAUACCUUAGAGGGUUCAGAGAAGGGCUACUAAACUGGUUCAUGGAUUGCGGGAUAAAACUUACCAGGAAAGGUUAAAGGAUCUUAACAUGUAUAGCUUGGAGGAAAGACGAGACAGGGGGAUAUGAUAGAAACAUUUAAAUAUAUAAAGGGAAUCAACACAGUAAAGGAGGAGACUAUAUUUAAAAGAAGAAAAACUACCACAACAAGAGGACAUAGUCUUAAAUUAGAGGGACAAAGGUUUAAAAAUAAUAUCAGGAAGUAUUACUUUACUGAGAGGGUAGUGGAUGCAUGGAAUAGCCUUCCAGCUGAAGUGGUAGAGGUUAACACAGUAAAGGAGUUUAAGCAUGCGUGGGAUAGGCAUAAGGCUAUCCUAACUAUAAGAUAAGGCUAGGGACUAAUGAAAGUAUUUAGAAAAUUGGGCAGACUAGAUGGGCCGAAUGGUUCUUAUCUGCCGUCACAUUCUAUGUUUCUAUGUUACUUCAGUCGAAUUAGCAGCACUCUGCAUUUACGUAGCAUGGUAGCAUGGUUGGCUAAAUAGUCAGUAAGGAAGCACACCUUUCCUCCUAUUAACAAAAGAAACAAUAAACAUUAACAGAAGUGCAAUUGCACUAAUAUCUUUAUAAAUCAUUAUAUAUGAAUAUAAGACAGCAAAAGGCUAAAUGAGCCAAGAUAAGUAACAAUACAGUUCAACACAGUUCAGAUAGGAGUAAUAUAUUUUAGGAUUUGAUACAUCAAAUCUUUACUCUUCUGUUGUCAGUUAAAGGGACACUAUAGGCACCCAGACCACAUCAUCUCAAUGAACUGGACUGGGUGCCAUGCCCUUUACAUGUUAAACCUGCAACUGAAAACCAAGGUGAAAUGUUUACAUUCCGUGUUAAAAUUCCUCUAGUGGCUGUCACACUGACUGUCAAGCCACAGACUGCAGAAUGAAGGAGAUGGACAGCUCAGUCGGGAAACCCCGAGGAAUGGGGACCUUCUCGCACCAUAACAGCUUCAUUCCAGUUAAGUUGUUAUGGUGCCCAGAGUGUCCCAUUAAAGAAAAAGUACAACUGUGAUUUUUUCUUUUUAUUAUACACGAGGUGGUCUUUAGAAGCACUUAAUAUUUUUUUGGUUUGUUAUUGUCUGUUGGUUUUUCUCUUUUUUAAUAUUGAUUAUCUAGGUAACUUUUGACCUUGAACCUGCAACCCAUAGAAACAGCAGUGUCAAGUAGUAAUACAAUUCAUCUUAAGAGAUAAUUUUGUCUCUCAAUGAAAACAGAAAACCGUCUCACUUUGUGCUCAUCUAUCUGGUUAUAUACAUUGGUCCAAAAUUUCAUUAUCUCUUAACGUCUGUGGUAUUCUGUUAUAUAGAAAUGAUAUAAUAUCUCUAUCAAGCUGAUUUAGCUUCCUUCUUCCGCUCACUAAUGUUCAUGUUCUCAAAACAAAAAUAAUUAAACAAAAACUAUCUCCUGUUAACCAGAGGGGUUAUUAACUCUAUUUACCUGGGUGUGUUGGGUCCAGGGCCGGCCUUAGGUGUUCAGGCGCCCUGUGCGAAACAAUCUUGUGGCGCCCCCCUCACCUGUCUCUGUUUGGACCCCUUCAAACUAUUUUAGGAGCAUUCACAAUCUGUUGCCUCCACCCCCUUCUACAAAACCACUGCACCUCUUAACCAAAAUCCCUGGCCAGAUCUUCACCAAGCCCCUGGCCACCACUUCAUCAAACUCCUGGCCACCCCUUCCCCUUCAUCAAUGCCCUGGCCAUCCCUUCAUCAAACUCCUAGCCACCCCUUACCCUUCAUCAAUCCCCUCCCACCCCUUUAUCAAUUCCUGCCACCCCUUCAUCAGUCCCCUGCCCCUCUCAUCAAUUCCCUCCCACCCUUUACUCAGCCCUCUGCCCCUAUUCAUCAGCCGCCUGACCCCCUAAUCAAUCCCCUCCCACCCCUUUAACAGCCCUCUGCCCCAUUCAUCAGUCCCCUGACCCCCUCACCAAUCCCCUCCCCCUUUUAUCAGCCCCCUGACCCCCUCAUCAGUACCCUUCCACCCCUAUCACCCACCUGCCCCCCUUUAAUCAGUCCCAUGCCCCCCUUUUCAACCCCCUGCUCCCCUUCAUCAGCCCCCUUAAUACAUCCCAUGCCAAAUAAUCCAACCCCUGGCCACCCCUUCAUCAGUCCCCUGCCCCCUCAUCAAUUCCCUCCCACCUAUUUAUCAGCCAUCUGCCCCCAUUUCAUCAGCCCCCUGAUCUCCUCAUCAAUCCCCUCCCACUCCUUUAUCAACCACCUGCCCCCUUUAAUCAGCCCCAUGCCCCCCUUUUCAGUUUCCUGCCACCCUUUAUCAGCCCCCUUAAUAAAUCCCCUGCCAAUUAAUGCAAUCCAUGCCACCCCUUCAUCAAUCCCCUGCCCCCCUUAAUUAAAUUCCUGCACCUCUUCAACAAAACCUAUUUAAUAAAAAAGAAAAAAAAAGUCACUCACAGUAAAGGCUGCUGCUCCCUGGACUGAGCUGUCUCCGCCGAUUGAAGAGCACCGGGUGCCGCCUUCACUCACUGAAUUGGAUCCUUCCGCGGCUCCCUCUGAUGACAGAGCACGUCGACGUUACGCAAGUACGCGGCAUAACGCCCCCACGCUCCUCCUCCACCCUCCAUACAGAAGUGGAUUCCCGGCGGCGGCUCUCUGCUCAUAAUUUGCAAGUCAAGUGCAAAGCAGUAUUAUGCACUUGACUUGCACUUUAAAUACAGAACUCGGCUGGCCUGCGAGCUGUGUUGGCCGCCCGGCGCCCCUGUUGCCAUGGCGCCCUGUGCGGCCGCACAGCUCGCACACCCCUAAGGCCGGCCCUGGUUGGGUCUAAUUGUUUUUUUAUUUUAUUUCAUUUUUUCUUCCUUAUGACCUUUGUAUUUUAAUGGUUAUAUUCCCUGCCCCACUGCGACAAGUUUUAAUUUGACUAUAAAUGAUUAUUUUCUAUUUUGUUCUCCUCUGUCCAUGAUGUUCGUAAUUUGCCUUUCUAUGGUGAUAAAUUGUGGGUAAAUUACCAUGGCGACUGAAGCAAAACCUUGUUCAAACUGCACCCUUUACCAAAGAUUCCACUCCCUAUAUGAAACAUUAAGUAAAUUUUAAAAAAAGCAAGGGAAAUAGGAGAAAGGGAUUACUUUAAAACCAAUAAAAUUAAGACAACAGGAUGCCCAAUUAUCUGUAACCGAGACCUAAGAGCAAAUGUAUUUUCAAUGGGAUAAUUCACAUGCAAAUUUAGGAGGUGGGCAAAUAAAAUAUGGAAGUAUUUUAUUUUUGUUUCAGUUUUAUUGUAUUCGUUUAUUUUUUUAUUUGUCAACUGAAAGGCAAACGGCUAUGGAGGUAGACAGAUGAUUAAAGAGGCGGUUCAGUCUUAAUUAGGUGGCUAUUCUUUAAAAUGUUAUGUACAUAAUCCCAUGUGCAAAAUGAUUGAAAAAAACUACAUGAGAAUGCAAAGUUUGCAUCAGAUGUUAACCAACUGGUGGUCCUUUAUAUAAUAUAUAAAAGUCAUAAGAUCAGACCCUCAGAGCAUUCAUGAUGUACAUGUGAUGUGUUACACUAUGGAAAGCAUUUAGGCAUGCAUAGUAAGAAUUUGAAUAGUUUGAAAAGUUGGGGCUAACAUUUGUAGGAUUUUUUACAGAAUUAAAAAAAUAAAAUCAAGACAUAUUACAGCAUGCAUUUGACGUAAGGGUGUUAUCUUUAAUGUGCAUGUUAAUUGUCCAUGUAUUUGGAGUGUCCCUUUAAUAAUUCUGUAUGUGGCCAGGGAAUUUGGGAAAGGGGUCUUAAGACAGAGUACUGUUGUGUAGUCGCCCUGUGUCUAGUGGCUGCAAGAAGUCCUGAGAUUCACCAAUAUAGUAUAUUGUAUAUGUACAGUAUAUAUUAAGCUGUAGGUGCGUGCAUUACGUUAUAAGUAUAUCUUAUACUGUUGGUGUGUAAUUUACAUUACAAGUGUGAUGUGAAAAUACAUAACGCUAUAAAAUACAGACAUAGUAGCAAGCAAAUUAUUUUUUUACGUUUGCUUUGAAUUCUCUUGGCACAAUACAUAGAUUAUAUGUCUUGCUCAGCAUUUGUACUGUACAUUCUGUUUAGAUGUCUGUGACUGUUAGCACUUGGCAAACAAAAUCCAAUAGUCCAAUUAAAUCUGUCUCUGUGAAAGCAUUCAUUCUUCGUGAUAACCUUUCACUGACAGGAAGCAUAUUCAAAUUCUGCAUCAACCCAGAUGUUCUACAUAUUGUUUCUCAGGAUGUCAACAUAUGGUGUAUCACUUUCAUCCCAAAAAAAUGAAACUACUUUAGACAAAUUGCACAAGUUUAAUCAUCAUGUUUUUUUGGUGCUUCAGAAGUUAGAAUAGUUUAAAUUGGUGUCUGCACAGAGCUGAAACAAUCUUUGUGUGAUAUUUGCUAACUUCUGGCUAGUAACACAGUAAAACAAACUCCAUUUGAUGAAUGACUUCUCACAGACUUGUAAACUCUGCAUCUGUUGCAACUGGUUUUUGAAGAGAGCAUUUUCCCAUAAUUGGACAUAAAACAGUGCAUUUUUUCCCAUCUAAUUUCAUAUUGUGAAAAUAUUUUUCACCAGUGUAAGACUAUAUACUGUCCCAAAGGAAAAGCAAGAUGCAGGAAUCAUUGCUAAAAUAUUUUAUGUAGGUUGUAGACAACCUUUUGGAUCCAUUCACUUUCACAAGGUUAGCAAAUUAGGUACUUAUCUAUUAAUUAUUUAAAACAGGAAAAUGUAUAAUUUUUUUACAUUUUAUUAAUUUUGCUCAGCUGUUUAGCAGAUUGCUCUCUAAUUUGCUAUGUUAAUGUGGGACUGUUGUAAUUAAGAGCAAUCCCAAAAUACAAUGCCAAACUAGGGAGCUAUGUACUAAAGAGCUGAAAGGGGCAAAAUUAAGUAAUUUCCUUAAAUUUCCUCUCUCAGCUGCUUAGGAGAUAAGUCCCGAAUUAGAUACCAUUAAUUAUGGCAAUCCCACACAAGAAUGCCAAAUUCGGAAGCUAUUUACUAAACAGCUAAAAGGUCAAAAUUAGGGGGGGGAAAGCUGUUUAGUAGAUAGCUCCGUAAUUUAGCAUCCUUGUAUGAGAUUACUACUUUUAAGGAUACUAUUUUAGGAAGCUAUCUGCUAAACAGCUCCCCAAUUUAGUAUCCUUUAUAAUAGUUUUUCAGGACAUACUUGAAAAUGAGAGAAAUCUCAAUGUAUCCUUCCUGGUAAAAUAUUUUAUAAAUAAAUAAAAAUAUAAAUAAUGGUGUCCCAAUUUUGUUUCUAAAUCUUCUGAAUUUCGAACGAACCAAAAUUGGAAAAUUAACAAAUUGAAACGGAAUGAACCAAAACAAUUGUGUCAGCCAUGCACAUCUCUUAUAGAUAGACAUAGGAUAUCUGUACCCAAAGGGCAGUGUACACAUUUGCUCAGAUACUCACCAAUUCUGGGAGGCCACUGCAGAUCCCAGCUUUAACUGGUAUUUCUGAGGACUACUCCAACCAAAACACAGUAAUUUAUUAAAACACAGUAAUUUAACAAAGUUACCCUUCUUUUCCUGGUUCCCCACAAAAGAAAACGUAAAAAACAAAGCAAAACUAAAUCUAAAACUUACCUCCAUUACUGGAUCAAGGCCAAGUUCUUCUCCUUAACUGAUACUCCUCCGCUGAUCUCACUCCCACUCACUGGAGGAUCGAGGGAUCUAAUGGAAGGACAUGGGUGGCAUGGAGGACUGACGUCAUUGCAUGCCUGUCACCAGCAUGAUGUGCUUGUUGACAUGAGAUGUCUAAUAAGCACAAAAUUAGCAUUAAUCACCCAGAACUCUUGUUCCGGACUGACUAAUGAUGCCCCAAUGACUCUGCCAAAGGUGGCAUUACACCUGCGGCAGAAAAGGGAUUCAACUCUGUAGGUGUAGCUUUCAAAGCGACAUGCUGCACAUACUGACUCCAGUUACCAACACCACUUUAAAACAUUGAAGGGGUGAUGGUCCUUUAAAUUUCAUAUCAAUGGAUGGGAACGUGGCAUUUAGCUAACAUCAACCCAACUAUAUCCACAAUUAGAGCAAAUGUGCUUAUAUUCCUGCAGACACCACCCCUUUGUGGGUAGACUAUUAUAUUUUUACCAAGCACAGCACAGCCUUAUAUCGAAGUUGAACUAGAGGGGAGACAAUGGCUCUGCAUGGGGCCCAAAGAUAUCUUGACGAGUGACAGAAUAGAUUAAGAUUCUGAAGUGGAGAGACAGGAGAUAACAUGGAUCUAAAUAACUUGUUGCUGUGAAAAAUAGCGUUAUCAUUUUGUAAUUGUCAUUGAUCUUCUGUAAAAUAUUUAGAGUCGUGGCAGUUAUAUUAUAGAUAAUAAACUGUCAAAUUGCAGUAGAUAACAUAACAGUCCUUAAAAUAUUUUUUAUCAAAAUUUAUCACGAUAGAAUCCUAUACUAGCUUAUUUGUUUAUCUGUUUUGUUACACUGUGGCGCCUUUCCUUGCAGAGUCCUGGGUUUUUACCGUAUUAGAAAGUUUGAUAAUACAUUUUUUUUAUAUAUAACAAAAAGGAAAAGGUUAGCCUGAAAUUCAUUCAAUUAGUGUAUUGUGAUGUGAUUUGACAACUGACAUGCAAUAAUCUCGAAUUCAAAGUAGAUUCAGUAUUAAGGGAGAUGUGUAAGUGACUUUGUUUAGUCUUAGCAGCCACAAGUUUCAUUGUAUUAGUCAGCAUCACAUGGUCCCGAAACCGAGGAGUCCUAAACAGCAACAAUGUAGCUUGUCGACUAUAUUUUGGCCUGUAAUUCAGACUUAAUGAACUGAAAAAGGCUUCUCAUCAAUGCUUGUGUGGAGGAGUAGACUCCCAGAUAUGUCCCUUUUAGAGUCAUAUUAUUGCUUCAUACAAUCUAAAACAAAACAUACAAAUAAACACAAGAAUCUAUAUAGAAGAUAAACUCCAAAAAUGAAGGAUUAUUAUUAUUAUUAUCAUUAAAGGGACACUAUAGUCACCUGAACAACUUUAGCUUAAUGAAGCAGUUUUGGUGUAUAGAACAUGCCCCUGCAGCCUCACUGCUCAAUCCUCUGCCAUUUAGGAGUUAAAUCCCUUUGUUUAUGAACCCUGGCCACACCUACUUGCAUGUGACCUGCACAGCCUUCCAUAAACACUUCCUAUGGAAGGCUGUCUUUAUUGCAAGAUCUGUUUAAUUAAGAUUUUCUUAUCCCCUGCUAUGUUAAUAGAUUGCUAGACCCUGCAAGAGCCUCCUGUAUGUGAUUAAAGUUUAAUUUAGAGAUUGAGAUACAAUUAUUUAAGGUAAAUCACAUCUGUUUGGAAAGUGAAACCAGUUUUUCUUUCAUGCAGGCUCUGUCAAUCAUAGCCAGGGGAGGUGUGGCUAGGGAUGCAUAAACAGAAACAAAGUGAUUUAACACCUAAAUGACAGUGAAUUGAGCAGUGAAAUUGCAGGGGAAUGAUCUAUACACUAAAACUGCUUUAUUUAGCAAAAGUAAUAUAGGUGACUAUAGUGUUCCUUUAAUAGUGCUGUACAAUGACAAAAUUGGUCAAAAUCAACAUCAAAGCCAGAAGCUAAAGUUAUCGUCAUAUAUAUACGAUGCAAUAUAUUUCAGUCCUCAUUCUUUAUCACUUUAGCUAGAAGGAAGAGGCAGAGAAGGAGAGUGAAGAAUAAGAGCACAGAAUAAAGGGAAAAACAUCAACACCAAACAAUACAAACAUUUUAUAUCUUUUUUUGUUUGUUUGUUUUUUUACAUUAGUCUAUAAGUAAAACCCGAUUUAAUUACUAGAACAAUAUAAACAUAAAACCAAAUGACCUGCCCAACAGACGAUAUUUUAUUUGUUUAGUAAUUUUCUUGCAUUACGGCACUAGCAAGGCAUAAUGCUGCUCUACUAUUUUCUUGCCCAAAUUCUGGACAUACAUACGAUUUUAUUGAAGCAGGUUCUGUUAUCCUAAAAACCUGAUUCCAGGUGCACAAGAAAAGUAAUAAUUGACUGUAAAGUCACAGUGGUAUUCCCAACCACAACAACAAUAUUGAGAGAUAUAUUCAUACUCAUACUCAAAAUAUGCCAGAUUUGUCGUCAUUUUAAUAUUUAUUUAUUUAUUGCUGCCGGCAUUUGGGCUCUUUAUAUUUAAUUUGCUGCCAUGAGAUUUUUUUGGGUGUAUUGAUUUUUAAAUGAUCAAUUAUGGGAAAAAACUGAUUUCCACUGUGGACAAUUCAGGUUAUUUAUAUAUAUAUUUAUUCUGAAUUAUACACACACAUGUAUAUGCAUUAUAUCUAUGAAUAUGCAACAUGGUUUAAAAGAAAGCAGCAAUCACAUUUGUAUGUAAGAGAAAAUUGCAUGAUCAAUUAUUGAUUAAUUCAAGUAAAGAUUCCUGCUAGAUUGUUUUUUUUUCCAUGCCAGUUCACAUAAUAAAACAUAAAAUGCCAGUUCACAUAAUAAAAAGUAAAGUAAAACGAAGUUCCAAAUUUUUGCUAUUUUUCCCCCCUAAACCAUUACAAUGGCCAGAGAUAUAUUUUGUGUUUACCCAAUUUGUUUUAUCUGUACACAAGAUUCUUGCAUAAUCUAACACUGUGUAUUUAAUCUUUGUGUUUCUCGUGGUUACCUUGUCUCGAUUCAGGUAGUUGACGUUUGAGGAAAUCGGUAUUCAUCAAUUUGCCCAAAACACUGUACAUUGUUAGAUUCUUAUUAACUUGGGAGUGGAUGUAUCUACAUAUUUCUAUCAAAUACUGUCGCCUUCAAGGUCAGAUCAAUGAUGUAUUACACCUGUUAGGUUUCUGUUUGUUCUAAAUUAACCCAAAAUGUCAUCCAAGAAUUCAUCCAAUUAUUUCAUCUUUAAUAAAAAAUAGUGUUGCUGUUUUUUGUUUUUUUGCAGAACACUAUUUGCUUUAACAUUCUUAAUAUGGUAAAUUUGCUGUUCAGUAUGAUAAUAUUAUAAUAAAACUGUGUUCUUGUAAAUAGAGCAUCAAUAAAUUAGCAAAAAAUAUAUGAAAAUAUAGAAGAGAUAAUAAAAAGAGCACCAAAAAGAAAAUCUCCAGGCACUCAGGGUUUUCAAGCCGCAGGCAGAUUUAAUGGUACAAAAAAAGUACAGCUGGGUUUCGACCUGCCAAGAGGUCAAGCUCUUGGCAGGUCGAAACGUAGCUGGUUUUUUUUGUACCAUUAAAUCUGCCUGCGGCUGGAACACCCCGAGUGCCUGGAGAUUUUUUUUGUUGCCUUAUUUUUGUAGGAUUAUGGUCCUGUUCCAGUGCACCUGGUGCUCACUGGGAUUGAAUUUGGCUCCUAUCGGCAUCUUUGGAACAUAAUAAAAAGAGCAUGCAUGUUUAGGUGGUCUUAGUGUUAGGAAGGGUUUAAGGAUGGGUGUUUAAGAUUAAGUGGAUUUCGGGUCCAAAACGUCAUGAUCCUAAACACCCCGAGACAUAACUAUAUAACCCUAAUUCUCAAUAAUGCUAUCCUAAACCACCUAACAAUAAAAACCUACCCAACCCUAAACCCUCUAAACUUACCUUAGUGCAGAUUUUUCAAUGCAAAUUUAUUAUUGCAAUUGACUUUUUAAAGAUGUUGGAGAUUCUGAACAGAGUAUCUCUAUAAUGUCACACUAUUUACUGGGGAUAAUUAAAAUAUAACUUUUAUUAAUGUUGCUUUAAGUACAUACAGUGGGGCAUAACUAACAAAGAUUUCUCACUUUUUUCCAACAGCGAGAUAAUGGAUUCUCUCACAAUUUUGCCAUCUUUAAUGACCAUGGAGCUAUUGACAUUGGAACCCAAUGUAUCCACGGCACCUCCUGCAAAUAACUGUCAUAUCCAUGAUGGGGUCCUUUCUGCGAUGCUUCCAGUUAUGUACUCUAUUGUAUGUGGCAUCAGCUUGCUAAGCAACACAUUAGCCCUCUUUGUGUUUUGGGCAAAUUGUCAAAAAUGCUCUUCUAUGAUUAUAUAUAUGAGGAACCUGGCAGUUGCUGACCUCCUACUAUCACUGUGCUUACCAUUCCGAGUGGCUUACCAAAACAAUGAUGGUCCUCUAAUUCUCUGCAAAAUCGUAGGUGCAUUUUUUUACUUGAACAUGUACGCUAGCAUCAUGUUCUUAAGUCUUAUUAGCCUGGAUCGCUACCUUAAAAUAAUUAGGCCUUUGCAACAGUUCAAAAUUCAUAGUGUUUCGUGGAGCACUCGAGCGACCCAAAUUGUCUGGUUAAUCAAUGUGGUCUGUAUCAUCCCAUUCCUCAUUGAACAGAAAGGAAGUGAACCUUGCAAUCAGAAGUGCUUUCACUUCAAUAAAAAGGGAUACGUUGGAGCUGUAAUCAACAUUACUGCAGUUAUUGUGUUCUUCGUUCUUCUCUUGCUUUUUGUUUAUUUCUACGGAAAAAUAUCUGCCAAACUCCGCCAGGCCUCAAUGGGAAAAACUCAACCGCAAACAAAAAGAAAUAGGAACAGGGCAAUUAACAAAUCUUUUGUUGUCCUCAUUAUCUUCAUAGUGUGUUUUGUUCCUUAUCACAUUGUACGUGUACCUUACGUCCUAGCCCAGAUAGAAGUCAUCUCCAGUUUGUCCUGGAAACAGACUCUUCAUAUCACCAAUGAGAUAGUGCUCUGCUUGUCCACCUUCAACAGCUGCCUGGACCCGGUGAUUUAUUUCUUCUUGUCCGACAGCUUUAGAAAAGCAGUUAAUUGCACCUUGCACUGGAAGCUCAAACUCAUUGCAAACAAUCAUGAACAAAACCAUUCCAAUACGUUUAACCUUCCACUCCCUUCAAGGCCCGAAACUCAAGAUGACUGAUUUAUUGAAUCCGACCUUUAAACAUCUGAAAUUUAAGGUGACUGAAUUACUGUGACUAAAGUCUUAACUGUGUCUCAGCGUUAUCGGAGCAGCAGAAAUGUAGAUGCUUGUAUUGUGACGUCUGAGCUUUAAAAUCAAUUGCAUUAACCAACAGGAGAAAAUUGCUUAUAAUGCCAUAACCCUGCCCUGUGGAGCAUAGUGUUGCGAAUCUAUAAUAUCGCUUACAAGAUUUUCAUGUCAAGUGUAUAGGUCAGGCAAAGUACAGUCUACUGGCUAGUGGUAAAAAUGCAAAGUUCCUGUUUCUUAGGAAUCAAAAUCCUAGUCUAGGAGAUACCCAACAUUUGCCACAGAUGAAUUACAUAAGUUUCUAGACUUUUACAAGUUUUUGUGUUAUAUCAAAACAUGCCAAAUAGAAUGGUAGUUUCCUAACCUAAUGAUAUAUAAACAGGAGAAGCUGACCUGAAAAGUGUUUCUCAGCAAAUUUAUAUAUGUGCCCCAUGGGUACUUUGACAAGAAUAGUCAGUACUUAAAUGUUAAUGUACUAAGAAAAAAAAGUGUUAUGAAUAGUAACAGCCUUUAAAAUGAUUUGGUAGUGGCCAUUAGGAUGCAAACACAACUGUAGAAAAAGAAAAUAAUUAAUAUUUAUAUAAUGUUUAUAUAAUGUUUUUAGUUUCCAGGUAAUUAACUGUAGAAAAGCCUUAUUAGCACGUAAGUGCUAAAUUUGCUAAGAGGUUCAAGAAACCAUAGAAAACAAACAGCUUUAAUGAAUACUGCAUUAUUUUAAAAUACAAAUCUGAUCACUUGUCAGCAUAUGGGUUCUAGGAUUGGAUUUUAUCAGAUUUGCUCCUUUGGCAAUUGACUAAGGCUUUCAUGGUUAACCGUACACUCCAGAUGUUUAAGAUUAUUAUAUUUCCCAUUGUGUCCAGUUAAACACACUCUACAGAUACAGCAGUUUUACCAAAAUCAAACAAUGGCGCUUGCACUCUUUCAGUCCUUAAGUGCCUGAGCCAUAACACUUGGCCUCUUGCACGUCCUGAACUUGUGGGUAUGUGUGACAUGAACUGCAAUGUUAGCUGCUUGCCAUUCAACAUAACUUCAUGUAAUUUCCAAUGAACUUGAAAAAACAAUUGAAAGGAGUGAAUCAAUUAUGCAAAUGAAUAGAAUCAGCUCACAUCCAAACUAUACUUGCGAAAGCACCACCCAUUGAUUUGUUCUUGUAGCAGUGGAAGACGGUGGAGACAGAAUUGGUCCCCGUCUGGGCCUGGAGCUCUGGCUCUGGAUAUAAGGAGGCCUUCCCUAUUUACCUAUGAUCUCUCUGUUUGACCCUAUGCCCCCACAUCUGCUCGAUGGAAUGUUGUGGUCUGCACCUCUAUCACGUACAAAUCACUUUAAUAGCUCCCUUGUAGUGCUCCAAAGCAUAACCAACACUCGGAGUCAUUCCUGAGUGCCAAGAUCGCAAGGGAGCUGCUAAAUAGAUCUACACUUGAUAUUGGUGCAGGGCACAAUGCUACCCCAGUGGAACACCAAAAUCAGGCUACCCAGCUCACCUCCUCUGGACCACUAGGUAUCCAGCCCAAAGAGCCUUUCACUGGACCACUAGGGAUAACAUCCUGUCCUGCUUAAAGGUAACCAGCAGUGGAGCAAAAGAACAACUCACACAAACAAAAUUUAGCCUCCACACACAAACACAACACUCAACUGGCACAUAAUGGCAAACUUAGCCUCUCUUCCACACAUACAAAAUACUCAAGUCUACCGCUCACAAAUACAACACUCAUCUGCCACACACAAUACUCCCAGAACAGACACAGGGCUCCAGGAGGGGGGUCUAAUUUGUCAUCCUGCCUCUUUUCCUGUGCAAUCUCAAUCUGGCUUUCUGGGUACGCAUUACGGACUUACUUAUGUGAUGUUCAAAUGUCUUUACCAAUAACAAUUUGCUGUAUUAUGAAAACAGACAUAAUUAAGAUUUAAUUACAGUGGCAGGAAUCAUCCUGCAGAGAAUUAUCAAGCAUUUUAUGUUCAGCUUUCUCAUUCUAGCACAUGAAAUAUAACUUAAUGUACCCACACUGUGACACUUUAUGUGGAACACGGAAAUCAGGAUUUUUAUCUGACUCCACAUGAGUCUCUGUAUUUAUAAGUAAGGGCUGUUUUAAAGUCCUGUGAACAUGGUAAUUUAUAUUGUGUUUACAUUUUGUGUUCAAAUUGAUUUUUGUUAUCUUUUAUCAGACAAAAAAAAUGAAUUCUUUGAUUAAAAAAAUUCUGUUUGAUUGGUGCUUGAUGUUUGUUUUAUUUUCUGUUACCUACGCUGGCCUAUGUAUCUCAUAUCCUAUUUGUAUUCCAUGGAGACAGUUUGUGAAGCCACCAGUCAGUCUUUUUAAACAAAAUAAAAAAAAGCCCAAAUAGUUACAAAAUGUUUAAACAGAAAUUAAUGAUGCA